UGACCGCCCUGCCUGGCUGCUGGCCUCUCAGUGGUGGCGGCGGCACUGCAUAUAUAUCCCUCGCUCUAUGGGUAUGGAGUGUCUCGCCUCUCCGAGCUUAAAAUACGCCAGGCGCCAAGGGAGUCCUCCUCAACCGCUUCAGCGCGCUUUUCGCCCACUCUUUGCUAGGCAAACUGGUCCCCGAGGACGCUCCUUUCCCCUCAAUGCGUGCCCCGCUCUUUCUCCUCCUCCUCCUCCCGCUGCUCCAGAGUCCAGUCUACCAGCAUGCUUCUGGAUCAGGGCUAAAUGUGACAAAAGAUGAGCAAAGCAUGCCCAACUUCAACACAUUCAACAUAUCUUCCACUGAUCGAUUAUCAUCAGGAGUUGAGGCUGAAGAGGCUAAAGAUAAUGUGAAGGAAGUGAGAGAAUCUCAGUUCCUUGUGAAUGAUGCAGGAAGAGAGAAAUCACCCAUUAAGAAUCCAGCAAAUUUAGAUGGUGGAAAAAAGAACCCUAACAAACCCAAAAGAAAAGGAAAUGAGAAGAAAACUAAAAGGAAAAUUAAAACUCCAUGCGAAGGAAAAUAUAAAGGUUUUUGUGUUCAUGGUGAAUGCAGAUACAUCGAACAAUUUCUAAUACCUGUUUGCACAUGCCACCCAGAUUACUUUGGUGAACGUUGUGUGGAACAAUUUUUGAAGACAAAAAGGACCAAUAAUGAAACUAGUGUCUUAAAAAUAGAAGUUGUGGUAGCAUCAAUUUUCUUUGCGGUGGUCAGUUUUGCCAUCAUUAUAAUUAUCAUCACUGAACAGGUAAGAAAAAAAUGCACUAACUAUAAUGAAAUUGAGGAAAGGAGAAAUCUCAAAAAAGAAAAUGGAAUUCCCAGUAGUAAUGUCUAA